AUGUCUUUGAUUGGACCUUUCGAUCAGGAAAAGUGCGGUCAACCAGAAGAGUACACGGAAGUCCGUACAGUCAGACAGUCAGUCAGUGAAAGUUCGCAACGGACGACAGCACAUAGUGAAACGGUCAAAGUACGCGGAACUAUACCCGGAACGAGCGAACGACAAGUGACGGUCGAAGAGGGCAUCCAGGAGGAUCCCUACAAGCGAAGGACAAGCGAUCACAAGGACCUAGCCUGGUCAGAAAGGUUUUGCAGACAUCUAAUAAAUAUUCUGGACUUGACAAUGAAGGAUCGGAAUAAAAUAUUUGUGUUUCCAAUAAAUAAUAAAUAAAAAAAAGAAAACAUAUAUAAAUAUAUAUUAUAAAAUUUACAGCCAAAUAUACAGUGAGUCAUUGGCAUUGUUAACAAACGUAAAAAGAUAUUACCAUCUUUCGGUAAACGUUUUUAUGAAUAAAAUACUUCUUGCAGUAUAUCACACUUUAA